AAAUCACCGGGGGCGCCAUGGAAGGACCUUCGCAAGAUUUGGAGCUCUAUACGAUACCCAGCUACUCCAGUUGGUUCUCCUGGAACAACAUCCACGAAGUGGAGCGGUUUUCUCUGAGGGAAUUCUUCGACAGCUGUUCCAUCACCCGCUCGCCGCGAAUCUACAAGGAGUACAGAGAUUUCAUAAUUUCCAAGUACAGGGAGGAUCCUUCUAGAAAGCUGACUUUCACGGAUGUGCGGAAGUCACUGGUGGGUGACAUUAGCGUCCUGCUUAAGGUCUUCACGUUUCUGGAGAAAUGGGGAUUAAUUAAUUACAAUGUUAGUGGUGAUACUGGUAAGGAAAAUGGCGAUGGAGGGAAUCUUAGGAGGUGUGAGGAUGAGGAAGAGAGUUGGAGGGGUAGGGUGAAGGUGGAGGAAGGGGCACCCUAUGGGGUGAGAGUUGUGGCUGCCCCAAAUUCGAUGAAACCGUUGGUUGCUCCGCCACCGCCGCCUCCUUCCAUGGCUGUGGAUGGCGGCGGCGUUGUUGGGGAAGUGGGUGAAAGCGGAUUUAAAUGGCCGCCAUUGGCGUCGUAUUCGGAUAUAUAUGGUGAGCUGAUGCAUCAGGAGAUAAAGAAGGGGUUGUAUGUGUGUGGAAGCUGUAAAGAGGAAUGUGACUCUGCUCACUAUGAGUAUGUAAAGGAAGGGAGCUUCAUUCUUUGCGAAAAAUGCUUCAAAAGUGGAAAUUACGACAACGAGAAAUCAGCAGAUGAUUUCAAUUUAAAAGAGAAUUCAAAUCACGGCGCAGCAUGGACCGAAGCAGAAACUUUACUCCUUUUAGAAUCUGUUUUGAAGCAUGGCGACGAUUGGGAUCUUGUUGCUAAAAGUGUUCAGACAAAGAGUAAACAGGAAUGCAUAUCGAAGCUUAUACAGCUACCUUUUGGUGAUUUUAUGUUGAAAUCUGCCGGCAUAAAGAGUAGUUAUCUGGAUGAUAUCGGUGAUUUCAAUAGCUCUAAGCCAGCAGGGAUAGAAUCGAACGAAUCACAAAAACAAGAAGUCACAAAGACAAAGGACCAUGAACCCGAGAAACCCGAGGAACACGAGCAUGAGGUUAAAGAACAGAGCCCCGAGUUUAAAGAAAAUGGCGAAGAGCGAAAUGGAGAUGCUGAGAAAGAAGGUCCGCCUCAGAAAAGAGUGUGCACUCGUCCAUCUUCGGAUACUGAAAAUUCCUUGAUGAAACAGGUCAUCCGUGUUGCAACAAUGCUGGGGCCACAUGUAGCCGCAUCUGCAGCCGAUGCUGCUGUUACUGCCCUUUGCUACGAAAACCAGUGUUCGAGGGAAAUAUUUGACGACGAUGACAAUUACAAUGUUUCAAAAGCGUCUCCCAAAACUGAUGAUCAGAAGAGGACUUCUGAAGCCAAUGAUUCCAUGGAAGAAAAGCCGAGUAACGAGUCAGAUAAGAGUAUAAUUCCGCUAAAUUUGAGGACCCGGGCUGCAACCGCUGCAGCUCUGGGUGCUGCUGCUGCAAGCGCAAAGUUGUUGGCCGAUCAAGAGGAAAGGGAAAUCGGCCAUCUGAUGUCCACAAUGAUCGAGACACAGCUCAAGAAACUGAAACACAAGAUGAAAUUCAUCGAUGAUCUUGAAGCGAUGAUGGAAAAGGAGCGCGCCCAGAUUGAGGAACUCGAAGAAUCUCUUGUAGCAGAUCGGAUAGACGUGCUGCAGAGGGUAUUUGCUGCUGGCGCUAACAAGUCGAAGGAGCAGAUCUCGACAAAGCACCCGAUGGAUACUGCUCGGUGAGACUGCUCUAUUCAAAGUCUUUGUUCGCAACAUCUUACAAGAAGAUAUAGGUCUUCAUUUGCAAACUCAAGUAAGUAAAAUCCUCUUUCCUUUGACAAAGAAACCUCGAGGCUCUGAAACUAAAUUUGUCGGGUUUGAGUAAUCCUAGAAGAAUUUUAAGAAAAUAUCGUAUACAUUUUUAUUGCUUGCGUGAUGAUAAAAUAUUUUUCUGCUACAUGAGUAUGUAUAGUAGAAUUUGUGCAAUAAGUACAUACUAUUAACUCGAAAAUAGUAACGACUUAGUCUUAGAUUUUUGUCUUUGAAAUCGUUUCGUUGAAAAUCUUCCUUAUCUUGAUAGCCUUCUUUGUCUCGGAAAUUAUAGGGUUUGUUCGUCUAAUAGUUUGUUUUUUUUGCUCAU